AUGGGGAAUUAUGAUAGUGCCAAAUACUGGGCCAAACAGGGAAAUCGUCGAGGGUUGCAGAAAACGCGCUACUACUGUCAAAUAUGCCAAAGGCAAUGUAAAGAUGCAAACGGGUUUCAGUCACAUAAUAAAUCGCCGUCACACUUAAGAAAGAUUAAUCAAGUGACUGUUGAGGAUGCUAAGCGGUACAAUGAGCAGUUUGAGAAGGAUUUUUUACAGUUAUUGCAGCAGCGACAUGGCGAGAAAUGGGUGGAUGCUAACAAAGUAUACAACGAAUAUAUUCAGGAUCGUAAUCAUAUACAUAUGAAUGCGACCUUGCAUCGCUCCUUAACUCAGUUUAUUCGUCACCUAGGGCGGACGAGUAAAGUGGACGUUGAUAUGGACAUCGAUGACAAAUCGGAGAAUAUUGAAGGCCCUUUGCUCAUCAGGAUUCAUCCAUCAUCUCUGUCACCGCCUUCCGAAGAUGGAUUGCUACAAGAUCAACAAGAGCAAGAAAUCAUAGCCGCCGAGCUUUUGGAAAGACAACUUACUCGUGCUAUGCGACAAACUGAACUUGAGAGCGAGUUGCCGCAACCAGUGAUGAAAUCGAAAAUAGACGAAGAUAGCACUUUAAAGCCUGUACGAGUCACCUUUCACGGUUCUGGUAGGGUAAAUAAAAAGAAAAAGAAGGUCAUUCCACGGAAGAACGGAAUCAAGUUUCGCUGA